AGAUUUCCGUUGGAGCCGAUUAAUAAGAGUUGAAGUCAAUGUCUAAUAAAAAUCGGUGCUUGGAUUGUGUAAUUACGAUUGCAUUGAAUUGUUUACAGUUACGACGUUGAUUCGAAUGUAAUUAUGUAUUGCAAAUGAUUAGUGGUUUAAAGAUUAUGGUUCAGAGACGAGUUUUGUGAGUUAGUGGUAGGUUAGGUGGUUUUUCUAGGUUAUAGUAAAUUGACAAUACUGUUAGAGAGCUAUGAAGGAAAUGCUAGCAAAUCAAGGCACUACCAGCUACGAUAAUCAUUUCGCUACUAAUAAUGGGGACGCGGGUACCAAUAGUGUAAGCACGAAUGCAAAUACCAGACGGUAUGCAGUACUCAGCACCGAAUGGAUUUCGACGAUCGGAGAGGAAUUGGGAAUGCACCCUCUACAAGACUCUCUUUUAAAAAGAUUGGCUGAAGAUGCCUCGUAUCAUCUCAGGGAGGUCCUACAUAAAUGUGUAAUGAGGCUGAGACACAGCAAACGAAAACGUUUGACAUCCUCCGACGUCAAUUCUGUGAUCUCUAGUCUGUGUGACGUAGACCCAGUGAUUGGCAAUGCGGAAGAAAUGCCAGAGUAUCACCCUAAGGCCAAAGUCUUCGUCCCUCACGAACGUUUUGUCCAGCUGUACAGAAAAGUACAGGAUCCUGUAACCCUCAGUCAAAACAGCGUGCCAUUUCUUCAAGAAACUGAAGUUACCGAUGCAAAACUAGUGGAAGCAAGGCACAGUUACACCAAGCGCGCACUGAAGACACUUUUCAAUGGGUCACAAAAGACCUUCCAGGUUUUAUUAAAUGAUUGUUGCACCAAUGCUCAUCUGGGCGGUGAAGGUGUUGUUGACAAAUUAAUUUCCAUAGCUCGGUCAAUGGUUAUAUCAAACAAUGCACAGUACACACGGGUAUUGACUAGGACGUGCCAACUAGUUAUCGCUAUUGCUAGCAAUAGCGAGGCAGUUUAUCCAUAUCACUUAAGUUCGGUGGACAAGUUGACGGAACUUUUGCUAGAAUUAUUAUUGGGCCAUAGCUUUAUAAAUCCUAAUCUAGAAGCCUUGUUCAAAGAAUGCGCUCUAAAGCUGAUGCUCCGUUGGCCUUCUGUAGCUGAUAGAUUUGUUCCAAUGCUGGAACAUGCUAUACUAAGGGAGGAAAAGGAGAACUCGGAAACUCUAAAGAGAAAAAUGACAGCAAUGGAGUUGCUCGUAGGCGUUCAGCCUCUUAUAUAUUACCAGCAAGACUCCGCUUCCUCUCUUUCUUUACAAAACAUUUUACCAGCAGCAGUACCAGGCUCUGUUCUGUGGCAUGACUUUGGUUUGUCCACGUGUGCUUUGAUAAGGUCAGGAGGCCACGGUUUAGAUCUUUCACCCAUAGCGGAUCAUUUCGGUGAUUCCCUAAUCCCUUACAUUUUAAUUGACACGGAGAGCACAGCGAAUAAGAAUAAAGAACCAUCAAGUCUUCCCAUCAUUGUUAGGAGUAAAAUAAAAUAUGCUAACAUGAAGACGCCAUCGGACAACAGAAUCUUCAAUGAUAGACAAAUGGUUUUCCCGGAUUCUACUCUUCGAGGACCCAGACGAGAGAUCAGAUUUGCCUUUGCUGGUGGAAAGCCUGUUCCACCAAAUGAACUGAGAAGAGUCAGCUUGAGGGCUAAUUAUCAAAUUUUAAGAAGCGAUGCUAGGGCUACGUUUGCCCUCGUUGCUUGUCGCAGGCUUCUCGUGUUACGAAAUAAAAAGAAACGUUUCCCCAGGUCUUACGAUCUUCGCGUCCAACUUUAAAGGUUGCAGACUCUUUAUUACACGUUAAUAAGAAUUACUAAGGCUAAAAGAUGAAUAUACUGCAACGUUCCACUUACAUCAUUGUGGAGGCCAUAUAAAAAGUGUUCGUCAUAUAAAGUAAAACAAUGAAAAAUCCUAACAAAAGAAAAAGAAGAAAAUAAAUAAUUAUAGUACUUGGAUUCCCUGUUAA